CAACUCUGGCAAUUAACUGUUCGUCCAGCAUAUUUGAUAAUCUGUUGCUCUGGUCGCUGUCAGUAGCUUUCAAACCGCUUGAAUUCGUGGAGUAUUAUUCAUCCAUUGACAACGAGUUUCCGCAUUCGGUUGAGGAUCUCCUAUCCUGAUCUGCUCUUUUGUCCCCAAAGAACUGGACUAGACCCCUUUGGGCCCCGCGCGCUAUUGUUUUCCCUUCUUCGUCCUUCCCAUCGGCCCAACAACGGGUCCCCGUUCCUUUUUCUUUCCCUCUGAACUUCCAACACCCAGCUCCUUCAUAUUCUAUUCUUUCUCAAGAAAUAAAUCUUUCUCUUCAUCAUGAACUGGCUCAAGUCGACUCUGGCCAGUGUUGCCGGCACGCAGGAACCGAUCUACGGCCCUGAAGCCAUCCAAUCUGUCGCUAAACAGACUGAAGCUGCUCGUUUUACUGAACUGACUAAGGAGGAUUUGCGGUGGCGCGCCCUCCAGUACACCAAUGUCGAGACCCAGACUUUCUAUGCGAUGGGCGAUAAUGGCACUCUGGUGAUGGUUCAGGUUAUUUACAGCAAUAUCGUGGGCAUCCAUACCACCGCCCAGUUCAACUCAAAGAUCUUCAACCUCAAAGGCGAUGGUCCGCACAACUGGCACUCCGAUCCCUUGUCCAACUUCAUGUUCGAUGAGAAGAUGCUCUCGUUUGGCGCCGAUAAUCUGUCCGUGUCUCUCAACGAAGAAGGCACUGCCUACACUAUUCAGUCAGCCGUGAGUGAGGACAGCGUGGUGGACUUGACCUUCACCCGGGCCGCUCCUGGCUUCGUCAUCGGUAAGGACGGAACGACUUACUUUGGCACGGAUGCCGAGAACCCCUGGGGCUCAAUGCAUCACGCCUUCUGGCCCCGUUGCACAGUCCAAGGCACCAUCAAGACCAAGGAAGAGACCUUUGACCUCGGGGGUCGGGGCAUGUUCAUCCAUGCGAUCCAGGGCAUGAAGCCGCACCAUGCUGCGGCCCGCUGGAAUUUCGUCAACUUCCAAACCCCAUCCUACUCCGCCGUCAUGAUGGAAUUCACCACACCUCCCUCGUAUGGCUCGACUGUCGUUAAUGUCGGUGGUAUUGUGAAGGAUAAUGAGAUUGUCUACGCUGGCGUCAACAACACGGCCACCCACACCGACACCGCCAAGGAUGAAGAAAGUGAAUGGCCUGAGCCCAAGUCCAUCAAAUGGAACUGGGACGGCAAGACGACAGAUGAGAAGGAAUUCCAUGCGGAAUUGGACGGUUCUCUUGGCAAGCGACAGGACCGUAUCGAUGUCAUGGCGGAAGUCCCAGGGUUCAUCAAAACGAUUGCAGGCAGUGUUGCCGGCACGAAGCCCUACAUCUUUCAAUACGCACCGCAAGAAAAGCUUACCUUGAAGGUCAAGGUUGGUGGUCAGGAAGUUGCUGAAGAGGGAACCAUGUUCUCUGAAGCCACUUUCAUUUCAUGAGAAGAUUUGGAACGUUAUUUUGGCAUUCGGUGAUGGCGUUUUUACAUGAGUUUUGCUUUUGCUUUUUUCAAGAUUGACGAUGUUUACUCACUUAUUAACGCGAUCCGAAAUCCUAAUAAUGCACUAUACAAGUGUAAUUACCUUCUGAUACAUACUGGUUACCAGCCAUUACUUCCCUUUCUCC